GGAACUGUGAACUGAUUUGCUAGAUCUGUUAUUUGUACUUUGCUAUUUUUUGUUGAUUGUUAUCUUUAUUGCUUUUUGUCUAAUUCCCGAUUCAGGUGGAUCACUUUCUCAGGAAAAAAUGGACACAAAUGGGAAAACUUUUCUUUUGACAGUCUCAUUACAUUUUUGGGAAAAUUCAAAAAAACAUCUGCACCACCUUUUGUGUAUACCACAGCUGGCAAAGCAAAAGUUAUUUCAACAAAAAUGAAGCCGGUGACAAAAUCUAAAACCUCUACACGUGGAGCCAUGGCUGAGACUCCUAUGCCUAUCCUCUACAAAAUAAAUUUCACAAAGCUUCCUCAGUGGGAUUUUGAUGAUGUUUAUAACCAGGAUGCCCCACCUAGACCGACAACAUGUGCCCAGUCUCUGCGAAACUCUAACGAUGAGAACUUUAAGAAGGCUUUUCUUCCAAACAUACGUUUGUUUCUACACAAGGACAACAUCAACAUGAGCGAGUGGAAUCGGCUUUCACAUUUUAAUAAUCCUUUUGGUUUUAUGGAGUUCAAGUAUGACGAUGUGAUGAAGUCAGUGAAGUUGAUUCCAAAGCCGAAAGAGCCGUUGCUCCUCCCAAAACCCGGCGGUGACGGUUGUGUGCACUGUGCUGUGGUUGGUACUGCAGGAAUCCUGAACAACUCCAGAAUGGGUGUGGAGAUUGAUGCUCAUGAUUAUGUUUUUCGGAUGAAUGGUGCUAUCACCAAGGGCUUUGAAGAAGAUGUAGGAAACAAAACAUCGGUGUAUGUCCACACAGCCCACUCCAUCACUUCAUCACUUUACAUUCUUAAAAAACACGGAUACAAAGCUGCUCCUCAUGAUGAGGGUAUAAAAUAUGUGAUGAUUCCUGAGGGGAUGAGGGAUUAUCAGUGGCUCGAGGGCCUUCUCAAGGGAGAAAAGGUCUCUGCUGGUCCAUACCGCAACAGACUGCCAAGGACCUACUAUUCAGGGCAAUACAACGAGAGCCGCUUCUACGUUCUGCAUCAGGAUUUCCUCCGAUAUGUGCGGAACAGGUUCUUGAAGUCACCCAAUCUGAAUAAGAGAUACUGGGCGAUGGUCAGACCAACCAACGGGGCAUUCGCUCUCUUCCUGGCUCUGCACACCUGUGACACAGUGGAUGCAUACGGAUUCAUGAGUGAAGAAUUCAAGAAAUACUCCAACUACUAUUAUGACAAGUAUGUUAAAACCAGGGUCAUUUUCUAUUCCAACCACGACUACAUUAUAGAGAAGAACACAUGGAAAAACCUUCACAACAGCAAAAUAUUAAAUCUGUAUCAGGGAGAGUAAGUACACCAAGGGCUGUAAGAUCUGCAGCAAUGCUGCAAUGGCAAGAAUAAAAGCAAUGGGAUAAGGAAGAGAUUGUUAUUUACCAAUUAUUACAAGUCAAAUAGAUAAGGUUCAGAUAAGAGGGUUGUUUAACAGCACCAUAAACAUCUUCUCCACAAUAAAUUCCUUCUCUUCUCUUCCAGUUAAGAUCCGGUAUUAUAACCACACAUUUGAGUAAGUCAGAGCAAUCUAGGAUGAAAUUUACACUUUUUCUGUUCCUACCCCCUUAUUUCAAAUUUCAUUUCUUACAAAUCAAUAUUCAGAAUUUGACAUUAUAUGAUCCAUACAUGUUUAACUAUAUACAAGUCUACACUCAUAUACAACACAUAAACAUACACACAUAAAACAAUUUCAGCACAUAAACCAAAACAACAACAAACUACAUUUUUACAUAAACUAAGCACCCUGUGGUUAACACCCACUUAAUCUCUGAGGUUAUUUUUAUAUCUAUGUGACAAAAUACCUUAAUGAACACUUUAAGCUUGGGUUACUCUGGCCUUGAUCUAUAAAAAUGAGGACAAGACUUCAAUAGAAUAUAAUGAGACAACUCAAUCGUUAUGACCGGGUUUAAGUAAAGCUAACAGCCAACAAAAACUGCUCAGCAACACGUUAAAAAUUAAUAUAUGUAAUGUUUACACAUAUGGUAAUGGAUGCUGGGUGUACAUGCAAGGCCUACCAGUUAUUACAAGUAACAAUCCAACAGUCAAUACCACUCCUUUAAAAUGCAGAUUGCAAGUGUUACUAGGCAUGUAAUGUGAUUAUACCUUUAUAAUAAUACAACAUGAAUGUGUAUUUUUGACAAACCUCUUAGAUAUACAGAGAAAGUUUACUGGGUAUAAAGCCUUUCUGUCUCUACAUUUAAUACUUGUAUUAUUUUGUUUUAAUGUUUUGGGGUUUUUUCAUUUGUUUCUGUGACGUUACAGUGAAUUUUCUUUGAAGGGUUUAUGUAGAAGUAUUCAGUAUUUAUUUUGGGCCGUGGGUGGUUAAAUUGUUUCUCCAAUCUGUAUCUAUCUCAGACAGUUGCAGUAUGAGCUCUGAGAUGAGCUCCUGCAGUAAACAGCACCACCUGCAGCUUUUUCAGAGCAGAACUUUAUCCAAGUACUGUACUUUGACUUACUUUGUACUAUAUAUCAGUACUGCAGUAAUAUAAC